GAUGGAUUAAUCGAUUAUUUGUUGCAUAUGUUGUUUACGCCAAUUGUUUACGAAAAGUAUUUAUUUACUGCUGGCGAAGUAAUUUAUUCGUCAUGGAUUUCGACAGUCCCGAGGAGAAGGAGUUUCCCGGGCUGUACGCCUCCGAGGCAGCGGAUGCUAAGUCGAGGAAGAGCAAGGAAGAAAGCGACUUUAGUGAGGAUCACGAGCAUAGUAAGAAAGACCUGUUGAUCGGCCGGCGCAAGGACAAGAAGGAAAAGGGCAAGGAUCGGGGAUACGCCGCUCUGGAGGGCGAGAGCUCGCCGGAGGAAGAAUUGGACACCAAAAGUCCCACCAAGUCGAAAAAGUCAAAGACCUUUAAGUUCACCAGCUCCAAGAGCAAGGAGAAGCGCGAAAAGUCGCGUGACAAGUCCGAAAGGGACCUAAAGCACGCAGAGGAGGAGCCUUCCGUCUCCCACAAGGUCAAGGAGAAAGAACGGGAUAAAGAUAAGGACCGUGAUGAACCGAAGAAAAAGGAAAAGGAGGAAAAGCGAAAGGAAAAGGACAAGAAGGCUGACAAGAAGGACAAAAAGGAUAAGAAGAGCAAACAGCUGUCGCAGCACCAGGACGACGCCUCCGCCGCGGAGGAAGUGCUGGCACUUGGAUAUCCCGUCUUCGGGGUUUCCGUAAGCUUGGCCACCGAACGAUCCCGCUGCCACGACGGCGUGGACAUUCCUCUGGUUGUGCGCGACUGCAUUGAUUUCCUGCAGGAUCACCUGAAGUGUGAGCAGAUCUACAAGAUUGAGCCCAUCAAGACGCGUCUGAUGCACUUUAAGCGGUUGUACAACAACAGGGAGCACGACUCCGCCGUUGAUGAGCUCAACCUGCCUACCGCCUGCAGCCUGCUGAAGCUCUUCCUGCGCGAACUGCCGGAGCCACUGCUGACCACCGAUUUGGUGGCCCGCUUUGAGGAGGUAGCCUCUCAUCCGAAGGUGACCACGCAGCAGGCAGAGCUGCAGCAGCUGCUCGAACAAUUGCCAAAGUGCAACCGCACUCUGUUGGCGUGGGUACUGCUCCACUUCGACGCGGUGAUCCAGCAGGAAAGGCACAACAAACUCAACGCCCAGUCGCUAGCAAUGCUGCUCAGCCCGACGCUCCAGAUGUCCCACCGACUAAUGGUGGCUCUACUUUGCCACUGCAACAACUUGUUUGCGGACGUCAAGCUGAUAAGGUAUGUGCCCCCGCUCACAUCGGCGAGCCCAAAGCUGCCGGAUUCGCCGGAGGACAUCCAGACGGAGUUGCGAAAGCAGGACAGUCUUCUGUCCCAGAUCCACAGCGAAAUGAACGCCGGGUUCAUUACUAAGAAACGCGAGGAACAGCUGUGGGAAGUGCAGCGCAUCAUUACCCAGCUGAAGCGGAAACUGCGCACUUUUGAGAAGAGACAGGAAAAGGCUGCUGAGGAAUUAGACAACAGCAGCUGUGCUCCGCCCACUGUAGCCAGUGAAGAUACCACUGAUUCCAAACCCGCAGUAACUCCGGCCGUAUCUACGAACAACAGUAUUUGCCAGGAAGAGCCAAAAACCGAUUCACUAUCCUCGAAAGAUGCUCCCAACGAUUUUACUAUUGAUCCGGGCACAGGCUUUAUUUUGCUCCCCAAGUCAAAUCCGCACCGCGAAAAUUUGCUUAGGCUUCAAAUCGAAUAUGAUGAGCUAAUGGAAUGGCAGAACGAGCUAAAAGCACGAAUCGUCGCUGAGCGCAACGAAGUCUACAGGCUCAAGCAGCUGUACGAGCAGCAGUCAAUAAACAGCCAAAUGGCCUCCUUGGCCGCGGGAUCUCAGGCUCCCCCGGAAUCCGACUAUGAGCGGAUAAUCGAGCAUUACACACGAGAAAACGCGUUGCUAGAGCACAAGAAAAAUAUGCUAGGCAUGGAACUAAAGGAGGAACGACGGGCCUGUAUUGCUCUACAAGUGGAGCUGCGACUCCAGCAGUUUUAAUGUAUUAAUACGAUUAAUGUAUUACUAGGAUGGGUCAAGUUGAGGGAUACAACUAUCUUCCAAACAAACAGAAAUAGUCUUCUGGGCAAUCAUGGCAGGUUUCGUCGGUUAUUUUUUCGACUGUCAAAUCAGUAAGUUGUAGAUGAAGACAAUUCAAUAUAUCAAAUAUUUAAAUGAAUAAACUUUAAAAGUUUUUCAUAACUUAUCUAUAAAAGUAGUCACUGUUCUAAACAGUCUCCUUUAUGAAUCGCAAUAGAUGAGAACUUUCAUUUCGAGAAAUAAAAUUAAAAUACUGUCAAAUGUAAUACGGAUUCCACACGCCUAAAGUCAGUCUAUUGUUUAUUUGGAAAUUACGAGCUUGUUUCAAACUUGACCCACCGAAAUAUAUGUAUAUAGGUUUACCAAUUUUAAAUCUCAAUGUCUACUUGCGAUCAAAUGCUUUCUUUAAACUAAAAUUAUUGUUAAACGGCGUAAAGCCCCAAAGAAUUCAUGUUAGACAACUUUAUUGCUUUUAAA